AUGCAUGCAAUGUAUAUGAAGUAUGUGGGGGAGCUGAGGAAAGUGUGGGAACUAAGGGAAGUUGCCGACAACUCACAGUGUGCGAAGUGUGCAAAGUGUGCAAAGUAUGCAAAUUGCUUGCAUCUGAUCUUUCUAAUCGUUCUUCCGAAUCUUCAAAUCAUAAGCUGGUCAAGUUUCCUUGACCCUGCCACCCUCCCCUCGUCCGUGACCUCCAUGUUGAGGACCACCUCCUGUCAUAUUAACUAUCUGCCUGCGGAGAUCCUGCGCGAGAUUUUCGUGCUCGGUCUGAGUGAUGGCCCCUCUCCUUCUCUUUCGAAGGGGAUGCAUGCUGUUUCGUUGGUCUGCAGGCAUUGGCGCUUGCUGGCAUUGGAGGAAGCACGAUUCUGGUCAAAGAUAUCCAUUUAUUUUUGUCUGAGUGAUGUGUUGUGCUGGAGCCCGAUAGAUUACCUGGCUUCACCACUCGUGCGUGCUAGGUUAGAGCGCGCCGCCUUGUAUCUCUGCCGAUCCAAGGGUGCCCCAUUAACUUUGACCAUAUCGCUCCAUGGGGUACCCGUAUACGUCCACGAGUGCGUCAGGGAUUUGGUGUCGCCCCACUACCAUCGCUGUAACCGGCUGAGUCUCGACCUGCAUGAUCAGCAUGACGUAGUUGAUCGUGCAAUGGUUUGGCUGCCGCUGCCCCACUCAACAUUCGAUCGCCUCGAUCAACUUCGCAUUAAUGUUGGCGAGAAAGGUAGAGGAACACUUGAUCUUGGUCUUCCUCUCGCUUUGCGUUGGCUCGAUAUUAGCACGCCCAUCGCAAUAUCUUUUCAUUCUGGUUUCAGAAUUACGGAUGAGGUGAAGUUAUCGGGACUGGACCCAAAGACGGUUUUCAAAGUGCUGAGACAUUGCCGCGAUGUGAAGAAAAUUAAAAUAUCCUCCCUCCGCACAGGGCUCGAGCCUCUUCUCUCCUCUUUGUCAUUCCCCACUCUCGAGGAGCUCACGCUUCAAGCGCAUGCCGAAAUGUGGUGUAGUUUCCCCAUCCAAAAUGCGCCAAACCUUAGAUAUCUGGAUUUUCCGAGUCUCCACCAUCUAUCAAGAUUGGAGGGACUCGACGCUGGCACACGCAGCGGUAUCAUGCAUGUUCUCAACGGUCUCGAGGUGCUAGUGAUACAGGACUCGAUAUUUGAUGCCCGUGAUUAUGCCUUUAUACGUUUCGAGAGCCUUAGGAUGUUGCGAGUGCACUGGCUCGAUGAUGAUUUCAUUCAACUCCUUAGUUUGGCUCCCGAAUUCCCGCCGUCCCAUAAUGGAGAGCCACCCACUGGACCAGCGGUGCACUUUUCCUUCCCUGCAUUACAACUUCUCAUUAUCCGCAGUAUUUGUCAUCAAAACUGGUGUCAACUGUUGCUCGAAGUGGCUCGGGCCCGUCCGAUGCUGAAUCUGGUCUUCGGGUCUGACUUCUGCCCACCAGAACUUGACCUAGUACGGGGCAGGGUGCACUUCGUUGAAAACAUAUGGUGCAUAAAUGACAACGAGCUCUUUGCGCGUUUCUUGGGUUGA